AUGGCGACCCCGGCCAAACCUCGACAGUCGGGCAUCCCGACGCCAGGCCGCCCUUCAGGAAUCCCGACCCCGGGCACACGAUCGCGUUCGACGUCCAGCGCAUCCCAAUACGCUCCAAUCAACUCAAAUAACGAUGUUGAAUUCAUGUCCCGUGCUUUUGCAGACGCCAUCAAGGCCAACGACCCUGCUCAGCACCGCGCUGGUCGUAUCAGCAGUGCCUCGUCGUCCACCUCUCUCGCAACCCCGCAUUCUGCGACAUUCCCUUCGGGACGGCGAUCGGUUGCUGGGGGACGACCAACCUCGGCCGCGUCUUCGUCUUCAACAACUGCCUUUGCAAAGUCGACGGCCGAACGUACCAAGACCCCGAGUACCAAUCGCCCGCCUAGCAGGCAAUCUGAUGUCUUUCUUCGAAGUGCUAGCAGGGCUGGAAGAACAUUCGAAGUUGGCGACGGGGUGAGAAUAGAGUCACUUGGGUUUGAAGGCACUCUGCAGUACAUAGGGGAGAUUGAUGGCAAAGCCGGACUAUGGGCAGGCGUUGAACUAAGUGGUGGGUUUGCUGGGAAGGGCAAAAACGACGGGUCUGUCGGAGGGAAGCGAUACUUUGCUUGUCCACCAAAUUGCGGCGUGUUCGUGGCAACUACGAAGCUAUCAUUGCCUACCACCGGUCUAUUCGACCGUCCCUCGUCGGUCGCGUCUUCGCGCGGGGGACGCACCACACCGCUAACUUCUGGCAGAAUAACGCCUUCUACAUCCUUCAGCCUAAGCACAUGGACUACACCAUCGGCAAAUGGUGGCAGGGUCACACCAGGUUCGCUUUCCUCUGGUCGCGUAACACCAGGCAUGACGCCAGGCGUACGGCCGCCCCUCAAAGCAGCCAACGGCGCUAACACGAAGAACAUGUCCCUAAACGGCAAGAUCACGGCAGGCUCUCGCGCUUCGAAAUAUGUUACGAUGACGGCGAAGCAGCUGAGCACCCGCGAUGUCACCGCAUCGAGUCCCGCGCGCAACACAUUAUCUUCGCCGACGCGGACACUGUCUUCCCCCACCCGACCUAAUGGAUCCCCGUUCACAACCCCGAAACCAACGCUGGGCGGACGCGUUCCGAGCACGGGGACCCCCACGAAAAUGCGGGCAAUGAACACUCCUCGUCCCCGCGUACCGAGCGCUGUUGCUAUGCCCCCGCCUGCAUCCCCCGGCAUAUACAGCCGCACCAUCUCACUUAAUGACUCAGACACAGAGUCUGCGUCCGCACCACCAAAGGGCUCUGCUACGUCUCUAACAGAACUUGAGCUUCAUGGAUUAGCUAUACAGGAGAAGAUUGCUCGGCUGAUGUCUGACAGUUCGCGCUCGAACUCGCCCGCUCAACCUUCGGUUUCUCCUCCGCUGACUUCGAACCCAAGCGAUACUGCACUUAUAGCACAACUAAGGGCGCAGAUUGGUCAGCUGGAGGCAGAAAAUCAACGUCUCCAAACGCCAUCGUCCCAGCCAGAUGUGGAAGCUCGUAUAGAAAGUCUAACCGCUGAUAACGCCCGGCUUUCCUCUCGCACUUCCCAGCUGGAGGCAGAGCUCCUGGAGAAGGAGAAGUCGGUUCGUGAAAAAGAAGAUAGUAUUCGAACCUUGGAUCAGGACCGACAGGCAGCGACGGUCGAGCUAGAGAAGCAGAAACUCGACACCGAGAGCCGGAUGAAGACGUUACAGUCGAAACUUGAUGAUAGCAUCGCUCUUACUGCUACCUUGAAGGAAGCCCUUGCUGCGAAGGAAGGUCAGGAGCACGAGAACGACGCACUGAUCAAGGCAAAGGAUGCCGAAGUUGCAUUGCUACAAUCUCAACUCGAACGCGCCUACUCAGACCUCGAAGACGAACGUAAAGAACUUGGUGCUCAAAUCGACGAGCUUCGCAUGGCAGGCCAGGAAACGAUCGCUCUGUACGAGGAAAGGCUUAGCGCUGGCGAUGCCGACCGAUAUGAACUCGAAAAUCGCGUCUCUCAGCUUGAAGCAGAACGCCAGCAACUGUUGACGAACCCGAAGUCCGCUGCACAAGCCUCCUCUGCGACCGAGAUCGACAACGAAUCGCUGCGGGAGCAAGUGAAACACCUGCAGAAGCGGAUUGCAACACUUGAGGAUAACUUGGAGGAAGCACGCGCCGCUUUAGAGCGGGAAGAGGUGGUUGGCCAAGAGCGUUUACGACGUGUCAAGGAGAAAGAAGAUGCGCUGAGGAGAGACAUGGGCGAGGGCCGAAAGGAAUUGGAUAAGGUGAUGAAGAUGGAGGCUGUGGCUCAGCGGCGUGUGGAAGAAUUGGAAGAAGACAUGCGGGAGCUUACCAAUGCCCUUGAGGAUGCUAGGGCUGAAGUUGAAAUUCUGCGAGAAAAGAACCUCGACGACGACGAGUUAUCUCCCAAGCGGACUGACCAGCUGGAAGCGGAGGUCGAGCGACUUCGGAAGAUAGUCGCAGAAUCGAAAUCGUCGGACGUCAUGACGAUGGAGAUGCUCAUCCAAUCCCAAUCUGAUGAGCUUGUCAGCCUGCGCCGAACUCUCGACGAGAAGUCAAGCGAACUAGAGUCGCUACGGAAGAAGCUCAACCGUGAAGUCACUUUGACCAACGGAAUCUCAACGGAGCGGAUUGCGUCACCGACGUCCUCGAAAUACGAUCCAGGAUCAUCUCAACGUGAUGAGAUUAAGGGUCUCAAACACAUCGUGCAAGAGUUGCAGAAGGAAGUCGCAGUAUCGGAGCAACAGAAGAAGACCAUUGCCGCUGAGAACGAGCUUUUGCAAUCUGAAGUCGAUCAACUCCGCCAGGAAGUUAAAUUACUCGAGGAGAAUCUAGACACGAGUUUGACCCGCGAAGAGCAAGAUCUGACUGAUAAUUCUGGCGAUCCGUCGUCAUCUUCCAUCGAAUCUCUCCAAAAGAUGAUGAAGGAGCAAAAGAUUCGUUUCGAAAUGGAAAUUGACCAGUUACGCAAGCGGGUAGCUGAUGCGGAGAUGAAAUGCGCUAGAGUCACACAUGAGCUCAACAAAGAGAUCAGCGAACUUGAGGCACUUGUGGAAUCAAAGGUCCGUCUACUGGAUGAACUUGAGCAAGAGCUCGAACGAGUCAAGGACAAGCUUGCCCGCGCUCAGAAGAAACUGUCCACUUCUUCCACGUCGUCCCAUAAACCAGGCGACCUCCCUAAUCCGAAGCGACAGGGCUCCAUCGCCAGCCUAGCCAGCUCGGAGAGUAGCAGCAGCAACAUCCUCGCCCCCGGGUUGAGCACUGUCGCCGGGAGCGGCGUCUCUGAAGAGGAAGUAUGCGAGAUCUGCGAGAAGCCGGGGCAUGAUAUCUUCUCGUGCGGACUGUUGAAGGAAGAGACACAGCAGAAGCGGAGUACUCCACGCAAGACCGUCAACGGUGCUGGAGGCGGUGCUGCGGCCGAUCUGUUCUGCGUGGACUGCGAGAGUCAUGGGCAUGUCGCCAAAGACUGUCCGCAUUCCCUGGAUGUCUUCUAG